UUAACGAGAGCAAUGCCAUCCAUCAUCUGUGGCUUCCUCGGCGCCUCUAGAUCUUUAGUAGUUGAGAUGGCUGUCAACCAAGUGGACGUCCUCCUUUCUAGGAUUGGCGCCGGGAAAUGGAAUAUCCUCCAAACCGUUACUACGGGAAUGGCAUCGGCCUUACCCUCUGCGCACGCUAUGGCCGGAGUUUUCGUGGUACCUAGACAACCCUACACGUGUCGGUCUAGUCAAGAUGACCCUAGAGCUGUCGAGAGUAAUUCAACUGAUACGCCCUGCACUUAUUACGUCAGAAGCGAAGAGGACUCGUACGAGGAGGUUGCUUGUACUGACUGGGACUUCGACAACAGCACAUUCACGAGGACAUUGACCUCAGAGCAAGUUCUCGUCUGCGACAGGGAACAUUACCGCGCCCUGUACAUGAGCCUGUACAUGAUUGGUGUGUUGGUGGCCUCCCCAACAAUUGGCUACUUAGCUGACAGGUUCGGGAGGAAGACGAUGUUUAAUUUGGGGACAGCAGGUUUCAUCGUUCUCAGCCUCAUAUCUGGAUGGUUACCCAAUAUUCCCGCUGUGCUGGCCUGCCGCUUUCUCAUAGGAAUCUUGCAUGUUCCGGUGGUAAAAAUCUCUUACAUUUUAGGGAUGGAAUCCUGCACUCCUGAGAUCAGACCGAACGCCGGAAUCCUUCUGUACCUUCCCUGGACACUGUACGUGAUUGUAUUCAGUGGCAUCGCUUAUCUAAUAAGAGACUGGAGGUGGAUGAUAACAGCCGCCUCCCUCCCCGGCCUUCUCUUAAUACCUGGCCUUUGGUUCCUGGACGAAUCGCCGCACUGGCUGGCAGUUAGAGGUCGGUACAAGGAAGCUCUGCAGGUCCUGAAGAGAGCCGCCAGGUGGAACAAAAGCUCCUUCCCGAGCGACGAGGAGGUCAUCCUUAUCCUGAAGGGCACGACGGUAUCGGCACCGAAGGUCAAGCUAGAAGACGCAAGAGAACCGUGGCCGACUCUCCUCAAGAGGAAAGUCUCGGACCUCUUCAUAUUGUACAGAACUCCUCGGCUACGCCUCAUAAGCUUGGUGAUGCACCUGAACUUCUUCUUCAUUGAUAUGACGUAUUACGGGCUGUCGUACAGUGGAGGCAAUUUCAAGAUACACAUCUUCUCUUACUUGGCUCUCAUGGGAGUGAUGGAGCUACCGUGUCGAAUUCUGAUAUAUCCAGUUCUGUCCAGAUUCGGCAGGAAAAUUCCUCUGAUUGUCAGCCUCAUGACGACGGGACUCGUCCUCUUGUGCGUUACUGCUGUGCCAAAGGAUAUGACGUGGUUAAUGAUGACCUUUGCCUUGUUUGGUCGCUUUUGUAUCAGCACAUCUUCAGCUGUGCUCUACCUGUUCGGGAGUGAACUCUUUCCGACGGAAGUGAGGACCCGCGGCAUUGGUUACUCCUUUACCAUGUCCAGAGUGGGGUCCUCUCUGGCUCCUUUCAUCACAGAGUACCUGGGGUACAUGUACCACUGGGGUCCUUCUGUGGUGUUCGGAGCAGGGGUCAUCAUUGCUGGGUUGGCCUCUACCACCAUCUGGGAUACCAGCAACAUAGCACUUCCGGACACAAUCGCUUUUCUGGAAAGCACCGACCCGAGGGGUCGUUCUCACGGAAAAUCGGAUAUUGAAGGAAAUGGAAAUUACCUCUCAAACACAUCAAGCAACGUUGUCAAGCCGGAGGAGGAGAUGCAACUCAAGCCGUGAUUAUCCAUUUGAAGAAGAAAUUGAAAAACCUAUCCCUUAAAAACCCUAUGGUUCAUAAAAAAAAUUAUUGUGAUGUCAAAGGUUUGACAGCACUUUAUGAACAGGCUCAAGUAAAGGUGUAUACACAUUAAGUCAGUGCUGGGAAAUCCCAAAUAGACAAGAUAAACUGUUUAGUGUGUAUUUACCUAACCUGUCUGUGGUCACAUCAAGAAAAAAGCAACAUAAGGAAAAGAAUGAAAGUGAAUUACUUAACUGGGAUUUAAGAUGACCUUUUGAGAGCUCAUAGGAGCUUAGUUAAAAUACAUGGGACAUUUCUGCGGUGGAACACUUAGGAGAUUAGAGAAAGAAUUUCGUUAGAUUCUUAGAUGGUUGGGGUAAUAUUGGGUAAUAUCAAGUAAUCUAAAGUUAGGCUAAGUUAGAUAUAAGGACAGGAGGAUAGGUUGAUGAGCUAGGAAUAAGAUUAAGUUUCGUUCUGUAAUAUUAAGGUAAUAAAUUAGGUUAA